CUCCCCACGCCUUCAAAUACGCCGACGGGGACGUCACUUUCACGCGACCUCAUCUUUGUCAGUGCACAAAAUGGCGCCCUACAGCCUGCUGGUGACCCGGCUGCAGAAGGCCCUGGGUGUUCGACAGUACCAUGUAGCCUCUGUCCUGUGCCAACGGGCCAAGGUGGCCAUGAGCCACUUUGAGCCCAACGAGUACAUCCGCUAUGACCUGCUAGAGAAGAACAUUAACAUUGUCCGCAAACGAUUAAACCGGCCUCUGACGCUCUCAGAGAAGAUUGUGUACGGACACCUGGACGACCCAGCCAACCAGGAGAUCGAGCGAGGAAAGACAUACCUGCGUCUACGGCCUGACCGGGUGGCCAUGCAGGAUGCCACAGCCCAGAUGGCCAUGCUACAGUUCAUCAGCAGUGGGCUGCCCAAGGUGGCUGUGCCGUCAACCAUCCACUGUGACCAUCUGAUUGAGGCCCAGGUUGGGGGUGAGAAAGACCUGCGCCGGGCCAAGGACAUAAACCAGGAAGUGUACAAUUUCCUGGCAACUGCAGGUGCCAAGUAUGGCGUGGGCUUCUGGAGACCUGGAUCUGGAAUCAUUCACCAGAUCAUUCUAGAAAACUAUGCAUACCCGGGAGUUCUUCUGAUCGGCACUGACUCCCACACCCCCAAUGGUGGUGGCCUGGGAGGCAUCUGCAUUGGAGUAGGGGGUGCUGAUGCCGUGGAUGUCAUGGCUGGGAUCCCCUGGGAGCUGAAGUGUCCCAAGGUGAUCGGUGUGAAGCUGACAGGCUCCCUCUCUGGUUGGUCCUCGCCCAAAGACGUGAUCCUGAAAGUGGCCGGCAUCCUGACGGUGAAAGGCGGCACGGGUGCUAUUGUGGAAUACCACGGGCCUGGUGUCGACUCCAUCUCCUGCACUGGUGAGGAGGACAGCCUCACACGCUGUCCCUCACUCUGGGCUGGGUCAUGUGCCUGGAACAGAAGCUCAAGUGGCCUUCCCUUGAGGCUGUCCAGGCAGUGUGUGGGCAUCGGCAACAGAGAGCUCGGAGGCUCCUGGAAUGUGCGGCCACGCGCUUGGAUCCAGAACUCACCGCAGGCAGAUGGCAGUGGUCCUUCGUGGACCUCCGUGACCAGCACUGCGUCUAUGCACUUAGAAGUUCCAGGACAGCCAGGGUCUACAGGCAGAGCCGACAUCCUCUACAGAACGUGCGAAAAUGCACUAGAUCAGCCCCUGCCUCCUCAGCGCACACGCUGUGAGGAGGAGAACGGCCGACGCCAUGGUUAUGCACAGAUCCUGAGGGAUGUGGGUGGCGUUGUUUUGGCCAAUGCCUGUGGCCCUUGCAUCGGCCAGUGGGACAGGAAAGACAUCAAGAAGGGGGAGAAGAACACAAUCGUCACCUCCUACAACAGGAACUUCACAGGCCGCAAUGAUGCAAAUCCUGAGACUGCCUUCGUCACAUCCCCAGAGAUUGUCACAGCCCUGGCCAUUGCGGGAACCCUUAAGUUCAACCCAGAAACCGACUUCUUGACAGGCAAGGAUGGCAAGAAGUUCAAGCUGGAGGCUCCAGACGCAGACGAGCUCCCCGAUCGGUGAGCAGAUGCUCCAUUUCGUAUGGACUUUGACCCAGGGCAGGACACCUACCAGCACCCCCCCAAGGACAGCAGUGGGCAGCGGGUGGACGUGAGCCCUACCAGCCAGCGCCUGCAACUCUUGGAGCCUUUUGACAAGUGGGAUGGCAAAGACCUGGAGGAUCUGCAAAUCCUCAUCAAGGUCAAAGGGAAGUGCACCACCGACCACAUUUCUGCUGCUGGUCCCUGGCUCAAGUUCCGUGGACACCUGGACAACAUCUCUAAUAACCUGCUCAUCGGUGCCAUCAACAUUGAAAACGGCAAGGCCAACUCCGUGCGCAAUGCUGUCACCCAGGAGUUCGGCCCUGUCCCUGACACUGCUCGAUACUACAAGAAACAUGGCAUCAGGUGGGUAGUGAUUGGAGAUGAGAACUAUGGCGAAGGCUCAAGCCGGGAACACGCAGCGCUGGAGCCUCGCCACCUUGGGGGCCGGGCCAUCAUCACCAAGAGCUUCGCCAGGAUCCACGAGACCAAUCUAAAGAAGCAGGGCUUGCUGCCCCUCACCUUCGCCGACCCCGCUGACUACAACAAGAUCCACCCGGUGGACAAGCUGACCAUUCAAGGCCUGAAGGACUUUGCCCCUGGCAAGCCUCUGAAAUGCAUCAUCAAGCACCCUAAUGGGACCCAGGAAACCAUCCUCCUGAACCACACCUUCAACGAGACUCAGAUCGAGUGGUUCCGCGGCAGUGCCCUGAACAGGAUGAAGGAGCUGCAGCAAUAAGGGAGGGCCAGGCUGGCGCUGGUGUCCCACUCUGGACCCUGCUGGGUAGCCAAAGUGCAAGGUCCAUGUGCAUCAUCAGUCAGAGCUGUCUGUCCAGCGUGGCCUCCUGCUCUGAGAUGGUGACCAGACCCGCUUCCUGCUCUCCCAUCCUCAGCCCAGAGUGAGCCACCGUGGAGGGUACUGAUUUUAUGUCCCAGCCCUGCCUUCCUUUCGGUUUGGUUCGCCUUCAAAGCCCACGCACCUGUAUUUAUUUUAAUGACAGCACUCCCUCUAAAGGACUUUUUAUCCCGCCUCGUCAUUUCACUGGUGGCUGAAGGAUUUUAGAGAACCUUUUGUUCUGACAAAAAAAAAAGAUCCAUUGACUGUUC